UUGUUUUUUUGUAUUGAAUGUUUUCCUGGCAUUGCCAGAAGUGACGUCAUAUCUGUUGACAGUGCGGGGAUGGGGAUCACAAAACUAGCAGAUUUGAUCCGACUGGAAGCUCCCGGUGCAAUUUCCCACAAGUAUAUUGGUGACUACACAGGCAAGGUAAUUGCCAUGGAUACAUCAAUUGUCAUAAACCAGUUCCGUACCGCAACACCAUCGCUCAACCCGCUGACCGGUCUCCUCUUUCGGACGCUCACCUUACUGGAACAUGAUAUAAAGCCUGUGUUUGUGUUUGAUGGAAAACCCCCGGAAGAAAAGAUCCCUGCUCUUCAGAAACGAGCAGAGGCAGCAGGUUGGCGCUCCCCCAACCAUUUGGGCACAGCAUCACUUCAAACAAAAGACUGUUUCCAACUCCUGAAGCUGCUGGGUGUACCUGUGAUCCAGGCUCCAGGAGACGCUGAAGCCUUUUGCGCUUGGCUGGUGAAACGGGGGAGCGCGGAAGCUGUGGCAUCAGAAGACAUGGACACGUUGCCAUUUGGAGCCCAUGUUGUGAUUCGUCAUAUGAAUGCCAAAAAAGACAGUGACAUUGUGGAAUAUUCUUUACCGAAGUUGUUGGAGAAACUCCAACUAACUCACAAAGAGUUUGUCGACCUUUGCAUCUUGCUGGGAUGCGACUACUGCGACAAGAUAGUCGGCCUUGGUCCAAAGAGAGCGCUGAGUCUCAUCCAGAAGUACCGCACUAUCGAAAAUCUCGUUUUGCACAUCAACACAAAGACCCAUCCUGUACCAGAUAACUGGAAAUACAAAGAAGCGCAGAAGUUAUUUUUGGAAACACCAAACGCAGAAGUACCUGAGUUUAUGUGGACUGAACCUGACGAAGAAGCCUUGGUUGGGUUUCUCUGCCAGAGUACAUACGUCAGGGAGCAACGAGUCCGUCAUCGCAUGGAGAGAUUCCGACAGAUUCGGGAGAGUAAGCGGAACGAAAGGGAGAAGACGACUGCAGCGGGACACUGCAGGCAAACUGGGAUGGAUGAUUUUUUCAGAGUUCUUAGAAAGAGGGAGCAGCCUGUGGAAGCUGCUGACUGUGGAAGCAGCAAGAGAAAGAAACCAGAAUUGAAAUGAAGCCAUCAAACGUGAAUGGGAGUUGUUUGGACCUCUCGCUUCCUUUGCAGAACUAUCACAAUCGCGUGUGAAACAUUUGCUGUAGAUAUUUUUUUUUUUAUCUAAACAAAAGGUUGUGCCUCGUUUUAUAAUGUGAAAGUGACAUUUUGUUCCAUCAUGCAAAAAAUGUUCAGGAUGUUUUUAAUUUUUUUAGUGCCUUGCAAGGCAACAACUACAUUUGUUUUUUUUAAUGUUGCUGUUUGACAUGCUUUUAAGAGGUUCUUGAUUAUGUAGGUAGAAAAUAAUAGUGCAUUGAUGGUUCUUGUUAUACAUGGGAUCGUUUUUCUUGACUGAGUGGCAAAAUACCAUUCAAAGUGAGCAUUUUUUCAAGCCUGCAUCAUCAAGCUAUCAAGAAAGGCAGAGCAAGUAGUGACUCGCUAUGAAAGAGGCCAGUGUGAUCGCUGUCAGGGUGGCCAAAAGAGACAGGGGAUGUCUCAUUGCAAGGGAUUCAACUAGCACCUGUUGUGUAAUCGCCGCCAAGGCGCAGACCACAGACUUAAAUUAUCAUAGUGGACCCCCCCCCCCCCCCCCCCAAAGACUUCAAUUAAGAUAUUGUAAUCUGUGCCAAAGAAAAUAAAUGUUUCUUUUAAAUACUCA